GCAGUGGGAUGGAAACACCUCUCCUGGCGUUGCUUCACUUGUUCAAUUCGAAGCCUGAAGCUGUCUCAUAUUUGCCGCAGCUGGGAGCUCCAGUGACCCGAGACAGAGUGUAUUUUCUGAUGGUUCGCCGAGAACUUCUUCAGAAGACUAUCAACUUCAAGGUGAAACUCAAAGCCGCCGCUGGCUGCUUCCAGAAAAAAUUUCCUUUGGCGGCACGGCAAGUGGCAUGCGCACGCGAACUAGAGGACUUGCAGCGGCUGGCAGGAAAUGGCAUGCACAUGCGUGCAAUCCUGGCAGCCAUUGUGAUCACACUGAUGAGCAUGAACCCAAAGAGAAUGGUCGAGAAGACUGCGCAGCAUGGCAGCGGGGAGGUGGCUUUGAAACUCAGCAUGCUGGAGUUUGAAUCUUCUACUACGGCUGUGCUUUCGCAAAGCGAUGAAGCCCUCAGAGAGCAGCUGCUCAGCAAGUUGAUUGAGGACAAGCUCUUGGGGCCAGCACGCCAGGUUGUGGAACUGAAGCCUGCAGAGCUCCCAAUCCGGGAGCUGCCACCUGGCACAACGGCAUCGCUGUUUCUUAUGAUUUCGCUGUGCACGCACAAAAGUGUAGCGAGUUGCUGGCUCACUAUACUGCCCAGUGGCGUGACCGGGAAGUGUACUGGGCCGCGCGUGAUCGCAGUGCACUACAUGGUCGAGGUUGUGACUGAAUUCCAGUCAGUGGCGCUUGAUGGCAGCGUCGCAGCCGGAGCAAGCAUGGCUUUUGCUAUUUUCUUUGCUGUUUUCUUUGCUAGGCAGACAAUUCCUUUAAAGGAUGCCUUGAACCGCUGCAUCGCUGAUUUUCACAAGAUGGUCACCGUGAAGAAACACAGGGUGGACUCCGGACGCCGUGCGCUUUGCUACAACUUGAUCUUUGGUUUGGAUUUGGUGCUUCGUUGUCCGCGGGAUGCAUUGGACCUUUUGCAUUCCCACUACGAUUCUUUCAAGCAUGAGCAUUCAGGACUGAAGAUGAACCAUGGUGCUUCAAUUUUCUUGCAAAACUUUGGUGGGGCCUGGGCAUUUUUUUUGCAGCUGCUGUCAUAUUUGCAAGGACUUUACUCGCAGGGUGUCCAAGGAGUCCAGCUUCAAAGCAAAGGACCUCUGCUGUUGAUGUUGUUGUUGGACCCAGACCUUCAAGCGGUUUUGAAAGCUGGCGGCGAUACUUUGGACAUCAACCGCAUUCCAUUCAUUUUGGAGGAAUGCCAUGGAAGGGCCUGGGAUGCCGUUCGCGCCUUCAUGUCCAAUCAUUUGGUGACAUUCUCGGGAAGAGCAGCCGAUGCGGAAAGCACUGUGAUGCCAGCGGCCCGCUCCUGGUUGCGCGAGUCAGCGAACGAAGUUGGAAAUGCAGCAGAUGAUCACUCCAUUGUCCUUUUCUGCGUGUGCCCUGCAAUGGGGAUUCUGUCGGCAACCAGGAUGGGGUUUCUGCUGAACUUCAUAAGCAAUGUCCUCGCUGACUUUCCUACCAACAGCAUUUGCAUCUUGGUGAAGCCCAACCGAGCGGGACAACAGGAUGGAAGGAAAAUGGAAAAGGAUCUGAGCACAAAGGAUGAGACAGAUGAGUCCAAGAUCAAGAAGGAUGAAGCCUCUGAUACAGAGGAUGAAGACGCAAUCAAAAGGAAGGAAGAGGCUGAAUCUGUUGAAGUCAGGGAUGUGUCGUACAACCUGGAGCUCCUUGCCUAUGCGGCGUCUCCCAGAGCAGGGCUGCCACACCUGGGACGUGCCAUGACUGAUGUGCAGGAGAUGAAGCAGGUUGCUGCCGGGACCAGCUUCGUGAAAGAAACAUUGAAGGCUUUUUCUUUGCCGACAUCAAAAUCCACCUUGCUUGUCGACAUGGCUGGAUACGAUACAUUCGUGAAUAUGGCUGCACUGGAGGCAUUGAAAAAUGGUCAAAGUACAGAUCGAACAAAGAGCUUCCGAGUCAGUGCCCAAAGGUUUGAUCAGCUGCUGGUGCUGGAGACAUUCGCCAAAAAAUGGUUGGACAGUGAGGUGACUUCUGAUCGGGCAAAGGCAGUGAUCGAAGCACACAACCUUGAAUUCAACAACAGUGGUGAGUACUGGAUUGAAGAGAGGACCGAAGCAGCUGCGGAAAGCUCCGUUGCCGAAGAGCGACCUGCCAAGCGCAUCAAAAUUGAAACAUGCAGCUCUGAAGAGGUGUCCAAGUUGGCCAACCCGAAGACCAUGUCCCUCAACAACAUCUGCGACAUCAUCACUGAUGAAGAAGGAUCGGAAUGUUUGCAGAACAGCGAUGGUCGGUGGUUCAGCUUCUGUGUCAAGGGAACUGACUUGAUCAUUCUGGAGCGCAAAUCCAUCCCACAGCACCUUGCUGCGCUGGAAAACUUGGAAAUGCCGGUCACGAUUGCCAGCAUGCUGAAAGACCUUCAGGACUUGGGGGAGGUGAAGAUUGAAAUUUCUCACCACCAACUCAGCGACAAUGGGGAGUUGACGAGUGUGAAGCCGUUGGUCUUCUUGGUUGAUGAGCCACCCACAGGCAACCAAGGCGCAGGUGAUGUGAAAAAAGAAAAGAAGCGUGGGAAGAAGAAGAAGCCCGCCGGUCCUCCCGUCCCUACUUCCAAGAAUUUCGGAGGGCACCUCCAGAUUUCCAAAGUGAAAAAUGCGCAGCCUUUGACUUACAACGUUUGCUUUCGGGUUCAGUCGGGGCGUCAACACCGAGUUUUGAAUCAUGCCCUACCUCCUCGGGUGAAUGCUUCGGAUGACUCAUCCAAUGAAAAGCCAGCCGUGGAUCCCAAGAAGCGCCCUAAAGCUGCAAAAUCAAAGGCUGAGAAGAAGAAAAGGAAGACCAAUGAAGAGCCAGGCGAUGAUGAUGAUUGCCAAGAUCCAGAUCACGAUCCCAUCGUCGAUGGAGAUGGAACUGAUGAUGAUGAUGGUGAAGGAAAUGGAUUGGAAGGAGAUGAUGGCAUACCAGAUCAUUUGCGACCCACCAGCAAGGCCAAGAAGCGUCCUGCCGCUUCAAAGCCACAGAAGAAACCAGCUGGCAGCCGCAAGCGCGAUGACCACCUGUCAGAGAAUGCCAAGGAAGAGCCAAUCCCGUUUCAGUUCGACCUGGCGAAGAAUGCUUCUUUGCGAGAGGACACCCUGAAAGGUGAUAAAUCGAUGGAUUGCCCUGGCUCCCAACUGAGCCCAGAAGGAAACAAGAAGUUUGAGCAUCAGUAUCCCUACCCGGACAACCAGUUGGGCUUGACUCUGACUCCAUCUCCCUACAGCGGAGGUCCACCCAGGCGUCCUAUUCCAGCAGACAGCCCUGAGGAUCUCGAGCGUGUGGCUGCCAAUCUUUUUCCUGGGAAAGAGCCGCACGAGAGGGGCGACCAACUGUUGGAGGAGGCCCUCAACGGUGGAGACACGGAGCAUGACACAACAUCGGAUUCAGCUUCUCACAAGGAGCCAGAGUCAGAGUACCACAAUGAAGACAAAAAAGAGGAGUUGGGGGUGGUGUAUGACGAGCAGCACCUGAAAGAAACUGAGAGGCAGGACAAGUAUCUCCUCACCCACGGCAACCCUGAGACAAAUCCAGAAGAUAUUUGGGAAGCUGGGCUGAGACAGAUGGAGAGGCGUGCCCUUGCAGGCGACACAGAGCAGGAUUUGGAUCUUCUCCUAGAAGUUGAAAAUAUGGAUUCUGGAGUUGGAGACGGAGAAGAAGGGGAACAUAGCUCACCAGGAGAUUCCAAAGACCAAGAUCUUGCUUCCGAGACCGACGACAAACCAAAAGUGGCAGCAAAGGCAAAGGCCAAAUUUGCCGGCAGAAAGGCAAAAGCUGCAUCAGCCAAAACGGGUCAGUCAGUUUCUGCACAGGGGAAAGCCAAGGCCAAGGCCAAGGCCAAGGCCAAGGCCAAAUCCUUGGCAUGUGGCAAACGUGCAAAGGCAAAAGCAAAGGCAAGAGCAAAGGCAAAAGCGAAGGCAAAGGCCGCUGCAGCAAGGCCGAAAGCGAAAGCACAAGCUCGUGCACCAGAUCCCGCACCAGUUCCCACACCAGCUCCCGCACCAGUUCCCACACCAGCUCCCGCACCAGCUCCCGCACCAGCUCGUGCAGCAGCUCCAGAAGUUGACCCAAACAUGUCGGAUGCAGCCCUGAAGGAAAAGAUGCAUUCCGUCUACUCUGGAGGUUGGUGCCUGGCUAGGGAAGCUGGGUUGGAGGGCGAGGAGAGGGCGCGUGAGGGCCGUGCUGCCGGAAAGAAGU